GACCAUAUCAGCCUGGAAGUAAACUAUGCCUCAGGUGAACUUUGACCGUGUCAGUCUGGGGUGGUGAGGGCGGAAGAGUGAGACGCUGUGACUGACUGACCAACACAAAGCCUUUAUGAUUUCAGGUCCCUCUCUUUUUCCCUCUAUGAGGUUUAGAAGGCUGAUUCUAUUCUUUGUGGAUAUGAAAGUUGUUCAUGAGGAAGCCAGGCUGUGGACCCACUGCAGCUGAAGAUGACUCAGAACAUGUUCCAAGAGGGGCUGUACCAUGUUUUUUUUAAGGACCGCACCUCGGGCCACCCACUCACUGUAACCACCAAUCAGGAAGAAUUUAAAGAUGUGCGGAUUGGACGCUGGUUUGGGACAGUCGUUAACACCCGCCUCCUUGUCACUGGGGUUUUGCAGGUCUUUGGUGCCCUGGCCUCCAUUCUAACCACAGUAACCUAUGCCUGCGUGAGCUUCAACUGUUCCGUCUCCUUGACUACACCAGUCUGGUCCGGCCUGUUUUAUCUGGCCACUGGAGGGCUGGCAAUGGAAGUUCAGAGGAAACCCAACAAACUCAAUGUGACCACACUGAUAGGCCUGAACAUCUUCAGCCUACUGCUGGGUUGCUGUGCUCUGCUGGCCUACAGCCUCAUCACUUCACAGGCUAAAGCACUCUACACAGACCAACAGCGUGCGGGUGUGUACAUAGCGAAGGGCAGCUCUAUCAUGUUCACAGUACAGUGUCUGCUGGCCUCUGUCUACACUCUCUUCCUGUCCUGGAGAGGUCUACGACGGUAUAGCGGCCCCCACACUCAGACCUACAAUCGUCUAGCACAGGGCCCAGAUGAGGACACUAAUGAGCCCCUAAUGGAAACAGGAGAAUUCAGCCUUUAAACCAGCAGACCUGUGUGUGUGUGCGCGCGUGUGUACAUGCGUGUGUGACAAACUUAAUCUUAAGAUAUUCAUUUGAUGAGGACGUCUAAGAAUAUGCACAAUGACGUACCAUUCUAACAUUGUAUUUUAUUCCUAUGACAUUAAAUAGAACAUUGACAAUCAAUCCCCUUAUACAAUGUGUAUAAAACCUUGUAAAUAUGUACACAUAUAUCCCGGAAAAUACAUAGCCUAUAUAUUUUUCAAAGAUCAGGACUGCACUGCAAACACAUGCAUUACAUUUGUAAAGUAGGUGUUGAGCGUCUUCAAAAUGAUAAAGCAUAAACAAAACAUGUAUUCAUCUCACUUGUUUGUAAUGUUACGCUGCAUCCGUUUGGUCUAUUUGGUCUACACACAGCGUGUUUUUAGUUCAGUGGUUUCAAGAACGGUCGAGCACUACGUCCACGUCACUUCUUGACUGUCUCUUCAGAAUGCGGCUCAUUUCUCGGUCCUGUAUGAUGAUGGCUGUUUCACAUUGGGACCAAUCUAAAAGAGAGGAUUUUGCAGAACAAUAAUAAUGAGUUGUAUGUAUACAGGACCAUCAGAAAGAAACAUAUGGUGUAAUAAAGAGCUCUAUGUCAUUUUACUGUG